AUGGAGCGACUGGGGUCGAGCGUCAAAAAGAGAGAGGGCGGGCGGGCAGGGGCGGCGGAGAGCGCCCAGUCUCUGCGGCAAGGCAGGGAGAGACUGGAGAAGCGGCGAGGCAGGAUGCGGCCGACGUCGUGCCCUGGUCCGGUUCUACGCGCUCAGCAGCCGCCUGCGUCGGCUGCCGGGUUCAGCGAAGGCCACCCGGGCGGUCUGCCGCCCUGCUGCGCCUCAGCCGAGCGCGGCGAGAACCCUCUCCCGUCUAGCACGGGUCUGCUCCCGCGCCGCCGCUGCAGCGCGUUUCCUCUGUCGAGCUUCUCUGCCGACUCAGCUACGUGGCUGCCGCCUGCGCGAGCGCCGCUCGCUUCGCCGCGACCGCGCGCGCCUGCCCGCUCUCGGGCUCUCUGCCGGGAGCGCCUAGCCUGCGUUCCUUUCCCGCCUUCGCGGCCUUCGACGCGGUGCUUCGUCGCGCGGCGUGCCGAGUGGCGCUGCGCGCCGCGGCUGCUGUGUCUCUUGGCGCUCUCUCUCGCGGUCUGUCCGGCCUCGAGUUCGCCGCUCACAGACAGGACCAGGCCGUCGGCGCUGCUGCGUUCGCCGUCGCCGUCGCCGUCGCCGUCGCCGUCGCCGUCGGUCGCCUAUGACCCGCCGCCCUUCUCGCUCUCGUCGUCUUCUUCGGUUUCCUCCCUGUUUACGUCGCCGCCGGUUUGCGCGCGCACGCCGAGCCCCCCCCCGGUGUCGUGGGCUCUGGACGUUGCCUUCUCUGCGUCUCAACGGCCCCGGAGCGACUCGUCGAGCGGUUCGGAGGACCAGUUUUUCUCCCCCAGCCAGCUCUCUCGUCGGCAGUCUUUUUCGUGUCGCUCGCCCAUUGUCGGGUGCCUGAACGACCUGCCCGUCCCGAGGAUCCACCCGCAGGGUGCCUGGGCGCGCCUCACGUCCUCAACGUAUUCGCCAGCCUUCGUUCGCUCGAGAGGCUCCUCUCCGCAGUCCUUCUCGUCGCUGCUCUCGCUUUCUUCGGAUGGUCGCUGGCCUGUACAACACAGACACGUGGGCGGUGCGCACGGGUCGCCUCUGUCGUCGCCCCCGUGUCCGAUCCCCUUCGGCUGUCACUUCCGCAUGCCCUCAUGUCAUUCGGCCGGCGUGCAGGUGCCGUCGCCGCCCGCAGACGCGGCCGCGUCGUCGCUGUCUUCUGCCUCGUCCCUGUCGCCGCGCCUGGGCAGAGCGAGCUCCGAGCUGUCUUCGUCGGGCUCUCUGCCUCGCGCCGCUUGCGCGCCCGCCGCGCACUCGCCGCGGCUCGCGUUGCUGCCGUUCUCUUCGGUUUUCUUCUCCCGAGCGCGCCUGGUGUCGCCCUCGCUCUGCAAACCGACGUCGCUGGUGCACGCGCUGCACAGACGCGCGCGCCUGCUGCUCCAUCUGAGAGACCAAAACGAGCUCGGCGACCUCGCGCGACACAGCCGCGCUCGCUCGUUGGCGACGCUCCUCGGCGCGGCCCUCGGCGCCUUCGUCAUUUGGCGCGGCCUCCACGCGCUCUCAGCGUUCUUCGGCAAACAGCAGAGACGCCAACAGAUGGAAGAAGUUUCGCUGUAUGGUCACUACGAAGCGCCUGAGCUGACAACCGACGCGGCUGCGGCUCUGCGGCAGACUUCCGCGGCUCCAACGCUGGGUGCUGAUCAGCAGGACACCGAGACGGUUUUCCGAGAGUUGCAGACUCUGGCCGACGAGGAGAGAAAGGCGAUGAAACGCGCGGCGCCGUCUGGCUCCGCUGCGCCUGCGGCCCUCGAAACGGGCGAGCGGAAGGCUUCAGUUUUGGCGGCGCCUGCGAAGGGGCGGCGCGUGGCGAGUGCAGAGACAGAGACUCCCCAGGCGGAGAAGACCGCGAAGAAGGCGGGAAAAGAUGCCAAGGGACUCGCAAAGAAAAUGUCGGCAGCAAGAAAGAAAGGCGCGAAGCCGUGA